AUUGAAUAUCAUUCUCAGAAGAGUAUACAUGGAAGCGAAAAGUAAAAGAACGAGAUGCAGUAACUGCGGUACGCAGAUAAUAGUGCCUCCCUAUGCGCAUGCUAUUCAGUGCACAGUUUGUAAAACUACCGUCUACAAUCGACCCAACGAUCCUCUAGGUCAAGCCCACGACUCCAUUCUCCAUGCGGCGACUAGAUUCAGGAAUCUGCUCGAUAAAGCAUCUAACAAUAUCAAUACAAUGGUAGGAACGGUGAACAACUACCCUGGGGCAGGUUCGUCGAGUUAUGGGUAUCACCCACAACAAGCUAGACCUUCACCGUCACUCGUUCCAAUUUCAUCGCAUGGAAAGAAACGAGCAGUGUUAUGUGGAGUUAGCUAUUAUGGCCAGAGAUACAAGCUAAAUGGAACGGUCAAUGAUGUCAACUGUAUGAAAUAUUUUCUGAUUCAGAAAGUCGGGUUUCCAAGUGACUCCAUACUUGUUCUUACUGAAGAAGAGCCACACCCUUCCCGAAUCCCGACAAAGAACAACAUCAGAAAGGCGUUGCAGUGGUUGGUUCAAGGUAGCCAAUCGGGUGACUCGUUGGUAUUUCACUACUCAGGUCAUGGUUCGCAAACACUCGAUUUCAACAGAGACGAGAUCGAUGGCUACGAUGAAACGUUGUGGCCAGUAGACCAUCAACGUGAGGGAACAAUAUUGGACGAUGAGAUCAAUGCCACCAUUGUUAGACCACUGCCUCGAGGCGCCAAACUGCACGCAAUAAUAGAUUCAUGCCACAGUGGAACUAUUCUUGACCUACCAUUCGUUUGCAGAAUGAACAGGAAUGGAUACUACACUUGGGAAGAUCAUGGUCGGCAAUCGGCUAUAUACAAAGGUACUAACGGUGGGCUAGCUGUAUCUUUAAGUGCCUGUGAUGACCAUCAAGUUUCAGUGGAUACUACGGCCCUUUCUGGCGGUACAGCCACUGGUGCAAUGACGUACAGCUUUAUCCAAGCAGCGCAGAAUGAGCCUGGACUGACGUACGGUCGAUUACUAAAUGUCAUGCGCCAGACGAUUCGUGACAGCAAAACGGGGUUUCUCACAAACGGUCCUAUUACAUCACUCCUGAAUAAAGUUUUGCACCCAAAGUUACGACAGGAGCCUCAGCUAUCAUCAUCGGAGAUAUUUGAGAUAUAUACAAAACAAUUUGUUCUAUAAGAGUGUAGUUGGAUAUUUUUCCCACAUAAAUUAAUCUCAGAAUAAAUG